AUGAGUGACGACGACGUGGAUCCAGAACUGGUCGAGCUACUGCGCCAACGCUUUGGGCUUUCCGGACCUGCUCAGGACGGAAUUUCAAGCGAUACAGGCGUGUUGAAAGAUGCAGAGUACAUCUACAACAACGCCAUCGACGUGUCAAUCGACAUGUACGGCACCAAGGCCGCGGCGGAGAGCAUACACGAGGCCAUGCUACAACGCGCCUACUCCACUCACACCUGGAGCGAGCACGAGCUGCAUCCGACCAAAAGUCAAGGCCUGUCGGACGUCGAUCUUGUCAAUUUCGUCUUCACCAUCGAUCUAUUGAAUUUCUCCUUCUGGUCCGAAUUACCGGACAGCGAGCGGUUUCAAGUGGAGUACAAAGGCAAGCGAUACACGGGCUACAAGAGCCUUCUGGCCUGUCUACAGCGUGCGCUUGACGAGGGAAUUCCAGCAACCACGCCUCGAUUUUGGGUCGACAAAAGCUGCUCCGACGAGACCUGGAAGCAUGUUUUUCGAAGUGCGACGGAGGAGGAAAUACCACUGUUGGCGCAACGGAUUGCCAUUCUCCGAGAGUCAGGCCAAGUGUUACACCAAUCCAGUCCAGAUCUGAGUGUUGUGCGUCUCUUGGAGAAGGCCGAGCAGUCUGCGGGGAAGCUCGUCAACCUGUUGGUCAAGUACUUUCCAUCGUUCCGGGACGAGGCGCGAUUUGAGGGGCGGAAAGUGCGGCUGUACAAGCGGGCACAGAUUUUCGUUGCUGAUCUUUGGGCGGCGUUCAACGCCACCGGCUACGGCAUCUUCCACGAUAUCGGACAUUUGACAAUGUUUGCAGACUACCGAGUGCCACAACUGCUACGCUCGCUUGGAGUGCUCAGCUGCAGUCCGCCACUGGAAUAUACGAUCCGCGACAAGAAGCAAAUCGCAUCAGGGCAAAGUUGGGAGGUACAAUUGCGAGGGUGCAGCAUCUGGGCGGUCGAGCUCAUCCGGCGGGAAAUUCUGAAGCAGCAUCCCGAUGCUGCUGGUGUGAAUGCCGUUCUCAUCGACUUCUUUUUAUAUGACCUCGCAAAGGAGCGAGAAGCAGCAGUCCGCGAGGGCCACAGUGGCGUGGAUGGCUUGCCGGCUUGA